CUGUUGGAAGUUACAACUCGAGGAAGAUUUAGUACCCUUUGACAUUAUCAUGUGAUUUUUCAUAGAAAAGGGUUUUUUGUGCAUAAAGGAGUUUGUUUUAUCAAAGGGGAAAAGAAUCUAGUUUGGAUAAUUUAUACUUGUAAUUUUCAUGCAUGUUAUUUUGUAGUCAUAAUUUAUGAUGUGACGCAAAUAUCCAAUCCCUUUGGUUCUACUCACGUGAUUGAUUCCUAAACAUAAUACAUGACAAUAUAAGUUCCGAUUCAAAUAACUUGCUCCAUGGCUAAAGAUAGUUUCUAAUGGUCUAUCUAUUCUAUACCGAUAAUUGGAAUGCUAUAUAUGUAUUUUGUAAUUCUCUUUGAGAAAAACCCUUGAACUAGAAGAGUUACUUGAUUUGAUCAAUGGCUACUGUGGGAGUAGAAGUGAAGCACGCACACAGUGCACUGGAGGAUAAUUGCUCUGCCAAACCCACCAAACCAGGUGAGGGUCUCCGCCAGUACUACUUGCAGGAGAUCCAUGAUCUACUGCUCCAGCUUCGCCAAAAGACACAUAACCUCAACCGUCUCAAGGCUCUACGGAAUGAUCUAAAUUCUAAGGUGAGGAUGCUCCGAGAAGAACUGCAGCUUCUCCAGGAGCCUGGUUCAUAUGUUGGUGAAGUUGUCAAAGUUAUGGGCAAGAGCAAAGUAUUGGUCAAGGUUCAUCCGGAAGGGAAAUAUGUUGUUGAUAUUGAUAAAAAUAUUGACUUUACGAAGCUUACUCCUUCGACUAGAGUUGCUCUCCGCAAUGACAGUUAUGUGCUUCAUUUUGUUCUGCCAAGCAAAGUUGAUCCGUUGGUCAAUCUGAUGAAAGUUGAGAAAGUUCCUGAUUCUACGUAUGACAUGAUUGGUGGUUUAGAUCAGCAAAUCAAAGAAAUGAAAGAAGUCAUUGAGCUACCGAUUAAACACCCUGAGCUGUUUGAAAGUCUUGGAAUAGCUCAACCAAAGGGUGUCUUGCUCUACGGGCCACCUGGUACAGGAAAAACUUUGCUGGCUAGGGCAGUUGCACAUCAUACCGAUUGUACAUUCAUCAGGGUGUCUGGUUCUGAAUUAGUUCAGAAAUACAUUGGAGAAGGUUCUAGAAUGGUCAGGGAACUUUUUGUUAUGGCCAGGGAGCAUGCUCCAUCAAUUAUCUUCAUGGACGAAAUUGACAGUAUUGGAUCCGCCCGGAUGGAAUCCGGAAGUGGCAAUGGCGAUAGUGAAGUGCAGCGCACUAUGCUGGAACUUCUCAACCAGUUGGAUGGUUUUGAAGCUUCAAAUAAAAUCAAGGUUUUGAUGGCUACAAAUCGGAUUGAUAUCCUGGACCAAGCACUCCUAAGACCUGGACGGAUUGACCGGAAGAUUGAAUUUCCAAACCCUAAUGAAGAGUCUCGCCUCGAUAUUGUGAAAAUCCAUUCAAGAAGAAUGAAUUUAAUGCGAGGGAUUGAUUUGAAGAAGAUUGCUGAGAAGAUGAAUGGAGCAUCUGGUGCCGAGCUUAAGGCGGUGUGCACCGAAGCUGGGAUGUUUGCUUUGAGGGAGAGAAGGGUACAUGUGGCACAAGAAGAUUUUGAGAUGGCUGUGGCCAAGGUGAUGAAAAAGGAAACCGAGAAAAAUAUGUCACUGAGGAAGUUGUGGAAAUGAUUUCUAUUUAUGUAUCUGCUCUGGUUAAUUUAUAUUCUUGCUUAUUUUGGCCUAGUUAUGUACCAAAUCAUGAUUUAGAAAAAGAAAAAAAAAAGUACCAAAUCAUGAUUUAGUAAAAAAAAAAAGUACCAACUACCAAAUCAUUAUGAUUCUUUCCAAUUUGAUUGUACUUUUUAUCA